AUGCUCCGGGUCCCGUCGAAUAAAGAUGGCGGCACUGUGAGUGUAUCGGUAGCAUGGCCGACAUUCGUCACCGAGACGCGUCUCACUUCCAACUUUGACUCUGGAAGGAAGCAGAAGCGAAGGAGGUCACGGUCGGCCAGCAGCGAUCUAGCCGUCGGCCUUACAGAUCGAGGCUGCCGUGACGGGACCUGCCUACCGCCAUGGAUGAGAAUCAAGCGCUUCUGGUGCCUAUUUGUUAUUGUUGUCUUGAUCGUGGCAGGAAGCAUCUACAAUGUGAUUCUCACCAGGCUCGUUUGGUUGGAUCACCAACGGAAUUCAGUGCUGGAAUUAGCGAGCCUGCAAGCGAUGGUGAUCACCAACCGGAUCAGAACAUCGAUUGGGGCCUUGAAAACACUCGAGGCAAUGAUCCAGCUCCAAGAGAUCGGAUUUGCCGAGAGCAACUUUCAUCAAAUCGCACCUGCGCUUCGUCGGACCUACAAAGGCAUCACGACCGUCGCCCUUGCAAAGCAUGGCGUCAUUUCAGUCGUCGACCCGCCGCAUCAAGAAGUUUCACUCCUGGGCUUUCCACUGCUGCAGUUGUUGCGGGAGGACGCAGAAGCCUGCAUUCUCUCGGGCUCUGCGAAGGCAUCCGCAGCUUGGGACACCAACUCAUCGGCAUUGGUGGUACUUCAUCCGAUUUUUGCUCCGCAUGCUGCCCGGAUACUGCCCAAUGCUGAGUGGAUUUUCAACGGGCAGAACUACAGCCGAGACUGCUCUUCUGCCUACGCAGCACCGGAGUCAACGGUUAGCGAGACAGAGGUGCAAUCCAGCUCGUUGAAUGACGAAGCGCAGCUGUGCUCCUUCCCGGGAGUCUCACAUCCUUCAGGCAGUUUGGCCUAUUUUUGGGGCUUCGCCAUGCUCUUCGCAGAUUUUGAGGACGCGGUGGACAUGGACCGCUUGCAUGAUCUGUACAGCGGUGGGUAUGCCGCGGCAGGAUUCAGAAACUUCUCUUGGCGAGUGACUGACAUGGACAAGCCAUCUCGGACCAUCGAAAGUGAGCACAUGCCUCACCUUUCGCACGAAAGCAUUGAUAUAGUGGGCGUUGAUGCAGAAGUGCCAGAAAUUGGGCUCAGAUGGCUCUUCGAGCUUUCUCCCAUCGCAGGCUGGCAGGACCGCAAUGGCUGGUGGGUUAACACCCUCGUGGCCUUCCCGGUGACGCUGGUUCUCAGCGUCGGUAUGGGCAUUUUCGUCAUCGCCAGCUUGCGGCGGCGGACCCUGGACAAGUUGAAGCUUCAGCGAUACCGGAGCGACGUUCUCUCCAAGGCAGUGUCUGCAUCAAUCGAAGUUCUCGAGAAAUUCCAGUUUCCCUUGUGUCUGGUGUCCGUCGAGGACUUCUUGGAGUGCGGGAAGUACCCUUCGUAUGAACAGCUGCGCGAUUUGGGCAAGCAUAUUUGGCUGGAUGACUGUUGGGAUGCCCAGGGGACCGAGGACGCAGGCAUCUUGCUCGUAAGCUAUGAUGGCACAGAUCGACAUACCGACGGCUUCCAUGAGGACGCUGACAUCUACAAGGCGAUGGUGACUAGCAUCAGAGGCUUGCAGAGGUAUGGUCUGAAAUUCAAGUGGGUGUGGUCAGAGUACAGCUGCAUGCCGCAGCAGAACAGCAUCCAACACCAGUGCGCGAUCAACUCCAUCGUGGGCUACUGCUCUUGCUUCAGGGCUAUGUUAGUGGUCGAGUCACGCAAAGGUUUUCCAGGUGCCGAGCAGCACGGCUUCUCCAGUUCCUUCGCUUCCUGGAGCCUCUUAGAGAGACUGUGCUUCGUGACUUGCCAGUGCUUGGAGGGUGAGGACACGAAGGUGUUCAGGUACACCGCGACGGGCGUCCUCAAAAAGGAGCGCAUCGACCGAAGUGCGGCUGAAUAUGCAUGGGACAUUUUGCGCGGCUCCUUCCACUGCUGCACGAAGUACCAUGCGGACGGACGCCCCUGCGACAAGCAGCGCUUCGUCGGCGCGAUUCUUAGCGCCUAUUGGCGGCUUUUGGCUCUAGAACGGGCAGGCGGCAGCGAGAUGGCUUCGCAACUGGUCCAGGUCCUUCAGGAGAGCACGACGAGAUAUUUCCCACCGACAUUCACGUACUGGAGUGAGCAGCGACCUCUUCAGCUGGAGUUGUUCGCUGGUUUGAUUGCAGUAGUGCAUGACAUGUUCGCAGAAGACUCUGCCAAGCCAGAUGCUGACAGGGCCAUUGUGCCCCACAUUGCAGGACUGUGCAGUGUUGAUGUCGGCAGUGGGAAACCCAAAGGCUUGCUAAGCCCGACAGCAGUCGCCGCGCUGAGCCAGGAGAGCAGGGAAGUCGUCCUGUCCGCGACGUUUUGA